AUGGCCGAAUUCAACGCUAAGCAAUUGCUCGACUCCCUAACCAAGGAUGAAGUGAUCAAGGACGUCAUUAGAGACACCGCAUUCCAACCAUGGGGCUCUCUUCAAAUCCAAUACCCAAACGGUCAGGCUGUCGAGAAUGGGAACCUUUUCAAACCUGUCGACACCAAGCCAAGGCCAACAAUCAAGUUCCAAUUGACGGACUCAUCUAAGACCAUCAAGGAGACUGACUUGUUCACAUUGAUCAUGACUGACCCGGAUGCUCCAUCCAGAACGAACAAUUUCUUGUCUGAAAUUUGCCAUUUGGUCCAAACUGACAUCAAAUUGAACACUAGUGGCGAGCCCACCGAAAUCAAAGAAGUUGCUGAGAAGGUGUUGAUGCCCUACUUGCCAUGUGGUCCACCAGAAGGUACAGGUAAGCACAGAUACAUCUUUUUAUUGUAUAAGCAGUCCGAGAAGGUUCCAUCCACCAAUUUCACUCCAGUGAAGGAUAAGUUUAAAUGGGGAUUCGAUGUAGUCGGUGAAGGUGCGUUUAAGUGGGCGAAUGAGAAUGAAUUGACAUUGAUUGCUGCUAAUUAUUUCCAAGCUCAAUACUUCCCAUAG